UGCAGAGUCUCUCCUCUCACACCACCCCAGUGCUUCGGACUCCCUCUGUGAGCAUGUCUAUCAGAGCCACCAACUACUCCACUAUGUCCUCCUCCAGGGGCCCAUCCCAGUGCUUCAGCAGCCGCUCCUUCUCCGGCUACGGUGGCCAGGGUGGUGGCAGGCAGAGCUACGCUGUCCGCAGCUCCUAUGGGGGAUUGGGCAGCAGUGGUGCUUCUGUGGGUGCUGGGGGGUUUAAAGUGGGCGGUGGGUAUAUUGUUGGGGGGUCUGGACAAAGAGGAGGUGGAGUAGACUUUGGCUAUAUGGGCUUUGGUGGGGGUAUGGGAGGUGGCAUGGCCAAUGACAUGGUGGCCCCCAUCACUGCGGUGACGGUGAACAAGAACCUGCUGGCCCCCCUGAACCUGGAGAUUGACCCCAACAUCCAAGUGGUCCGCACCCAGGAAAAGGAGCAGAUCAAGACCCUCAACAACCGCUUUGCUUCCUUCAUUGACAAGGUACGCUUCCUAGAACAGCAGAACAAAAUGCUGGAGACCAAGUGGAAACUUGUGCAGGAACAGACUACUUCUUGCUCAAACAUCGAUGCCAUGUUUGAAGCCUACAUUGCCAACUUGCGUAAGCAGCUAGACAACUUGGGUCAUGAAAAAGUCAAACUUGAGUCCGACCUGCAUCACAUGACGGGCCUGGUUCAGGACUUCAAAAACAAGUAUGAGGAUGAGAUCAACAAGCGCAAUGAGUGUGAAAACAGCUUUGUCCUCAUUAAGAAGGACACUGAUGCAGCCUAUAUGAACAAAGUGGAGCUGGAAGCCAAAGUGGAUGGGCUGUCUGAUGAGAUUGAGUUCCUGAGGCAGCUCUAUGAUACAGAAAUCCAUGAGCUGCAGAGCCAGAUCAAGGACACAUCUGUUGUGGUGGAGAUGGACAACAGCCGUAACCUUGACAUGGACGCCAUCGUUGCAGAAGUCCGUGCUCAGUAUGAAGACAUCGCCAACCGUAGCAGAGCCGAGGCUGAGUCAUGGUACAAGACAAAGUAUGAAGAGAUGCAGCAGUCAGCAGGUAAAUAUGGUGAUGACCUGAAGUCAACCAAAGCUGAGAUGGCUGACAUGAACCGCAGGAUAAUGAGGCUGCAGUCUGAAAUCGACAUGGUUAAAGCACAGCGUAACAGUUUGGAAGCUCAAAUCGCAGAGGCUGAGGAGCGUGGUGAGAUGGCAGUGAAGGAUGCUAAACUCCGCAUCAGAGACCUGGAGGAAGCACUCCAGAGAGCCAAGCAGGACAUGGCCAAUCAGGUCCGACAGUACCAGGAACUGAUGAAUUUGAAGCUGGCUCUGGACAUUGAGAUUGCCACCUACAGGAAGCUGCUGGAAGGAGAGGAGUACAGGUUAGCGACUGGAAUCAAGACCAAUAUAUCCAAGCAGACUUCUGUGAACUACAAUGCCUAUGGAUUGGAGAGCUCAAGAACACCUUCCUACGUCAGCUGCUCCUACGGUGGAGUCAAGGCCAGCACCGGUUCUGUCGAUGCCUUCGAUAGAGCCACAGUGAAGAGCACCACAGUCACCAAGACAGAAACCGUGGUGGUCAAGACCGAGGAGAAGAAGGAGGAGGAGGAGGAGGUGGAGGUGGAGGAGGAGGAGGUGGAGGAGGAGAAGCAACAGGAAGCAACUGAGGAGCAGGCAGCCGUGGAGAACAAGGAGGAGCAGGAGCAGGAGCAGGUGGAGGCUGAAGCUGAAGCUGUGGCUGAGGAGUGAUAUGUUUGUUCCUGUUUUUUCAGAUUUAUGGUGGAUGAUUUUGGUCUUGAAAGUUAAGAAAAAGCACACAGACUAUGCUUUGUUGUUCAGUUCUUUACUGAUGUCCCUUCACCAAAUAAUGAUUCUUAUGUAAGCAACUUUCCUUCAGAUAUCCUCAAUGAAGAGGUGACAAUUUGUUCAGGUUUCUGUAGAUUCUUUACUGUCAACUGUAGCCUGUGUCACUACCCUGGUUUUAGAGAUCACUGCACCACACUUGUUUAGCCAGCAGGUGGCAAUAUUGUAUGUGCUAUCUUCUGCUGCUCA